UUUUCUUUUUUUUUUCUUUUUCUAUUUCGCUUUUUCUUUUUUAUCUUUAUUUUUUCUUUUCUUUCUUCCCUUCCUUCUAUUUACUAUACUCUGUUACCAUUCCUAAUUAUGACUGUACCCGAAAGCCCUCUUGAAUCCUUCCUAUCUCGGCGACCUGAUGCCAAGGACCUUGUUGAUAAAAAUAUCCUUAAAGAUCCUCAUGUAGCUCCAGCUAUUCAACAACAACGUGAUGAAUUAUCAAAACGUAGAGUAGAGGAUUCUUUACGCCACAAAAUCUCUCACAGUCAUCGUCCUUCACCUGAAUCGUUAGUUCAACAAAAUAUUUUACAAAAUUUUGUUGUAGCACCUGCUUUCCAAAAACCUAUUUAUGAUACAGAAAAAAUUCAAGUGCAAAAAAAUUUGGAACAAAAGAUUGCUGACCGUCCAAGUAAAAAUACACUUUUGAAUCAAGGCAUUUUACAAGCUGAACAACUCUCUUGAAAUCUGCAUACUUGUUCUGUCAUAUAUCUGGAAAAGAAAGAUAUAAUCAAGUACCUUUACCUUUAUUUUUUUUUCUUCUUUUUAGUCUUAGUAGUUAAUAUGUUGAUGAUGAUUUAUGAAAAAUAAACAUUUGUUAUUAUUUGUGGAA